AUGCGGACCCGUGGCUGCCCGCGCGAGGCGCCGGCCGCGCGCACGGUGGGGCGCCCGGGCGGCGGCGCGUCCGCGGCUCCGUGCGCCGGUGAGGACGGCCAGGGCGGCGCGGGCUCCGCGGAGGCGUCCUCGGGGGCCGGCGUGAGCACGGUGGGGGCCCCGGACGAGACCACGGCGCUCCCGGAGAGCUUCUGCAUCAUCGAGUCCCAGGACGCCGUCAAGGACUUCGCGUCGAUGCAGCUCGAGGAGAUCUCCCGCAACAUCCAGUCCCGCAAGAACAAGGUCUUCCUCCUCCUCGAGGAGAUCCGCCGGCUGCGCAUCCAGGAGCGCAUGAAGACCCCCUCUGCGGCGGCGGCGCCGGGCGGCGGCAACGGGUCCGGGACGCGCGGCGCGGCGGCGCCCGAGUCCGAGCUCGAGGCCGAGGAGUUCCGCUCCGCGCUGCCGUACUUCCCGCCCAUCACGGAGCGCACGUUCGACUCGUACAAGGCCGCGUUCGUCGUGGCGGUGUCGGGCAUCAUGUUCUUCGGCGGGAUCGUCGCGCCGUCGCUCGAGGUGCGCCUCGGGCUCGGCGGGCAGUCGUAUCGGGAGUUCAUCCGGUCGAUCCACUUCCCCGAGCAGCUCGCGGAGGUCGACCCGAUCGUGGCGUCGUUCUGCGGCGGCGCCGUCGGCGUGCUGACGAGCCUGAUGAUCGUCGAGGCCAACAACAUCCGCGUGCGGAAGAGCGAGCGGUGCGUGUACUGCCAGGGGACGGGGUACCUGAACUGCGGCGCGUGCGCCGGGACCGGCGCCGUGGAGGACGGGGCCGAGCCCUGCGCGCAGUGCGGGCGCCUGGGCAAGGUCAUGUGCACGAGCUGCCUGUGCACGGGGAAGCAGAUGGCCACGGAGCACGACGUGCGCAUGGAGCCCUUCAACUGA